AUGUUCACAUCUGCUCGGCGCUGGCUGCGGAACAAUCGUACACCCAUUGCUGUCGGCGUGGGCGUCAUCGGUGCCGGUUACGUCGCGACGCAAUAUGUCAUUGGAAAGCUUAAUGAUGCCCGCGAGCGCAUGAGCAGCGACCGCAUCGCCAAGGAGAAUCUGCGACGUCGCUUCGAACAGAAUCAGGAGGACUGCACAUUCACCGUACUGGCUCUCCUGCCCUCCGCCACGACUGCCAUUCUCGAAGCCAUGAACACGGAGCAGAUCACAUUUGAGAUCCAGCAGAUGAAAGCCACCAAGGCUAUAAAGAACGGUGGCCCCGAAUCUGCAGCCCCGCCCAGUAUCGCAGAUACUACAUUGACAGAGGACGAUGGGAAGAGCAUGGCUGGCCAAAGCGAGAGCGGUGCACAGUCCAGCCAGGCCCCUACAUCUUCACCAUUCAACGCCGGUGGCGAAGCGAACAAGGAAGCACCGAAGCCUCGCAAGACGAAGCGACAACUAUGGGAUGACGUGACCAUUAGCGCGGUGACGCGGUCUUUUACUUUGAUAUAUACCCUUGCGCUCCUUACAAUGCUAACUCGCGUUCAACUCAACCUCCUUGGCCGAAGAAGUUAUCUAUCGAGCGUGGUGGCCCUCGCAACAGGUGGCCAACAAGGCACCAUCAGUCUUGAGAACAACGACGACGACAACACAGAACAGACGUAUGGCAGUGACUUCGACAUAAACCGCAAGUACCUGACCUUCAGUUGGUGGCUACUGAACAAAGGAUGGGUGGGCUUGAUGCACCGAGUAGAGAGCGCCGUGCGCACCGUCUUUGGCAGCCUGAGCCCUAGGGAUCUCCUGAGCUUUGAGAGGUUCUCCGAGUUGACGACCGAGGUGAGGAAGCUUGUUGAAGGUUCGACUAAGGAGGAGCGUCAGAAGUCAGACUGGCUCAACUUUCUCCUCCCACCCCGGGGCAUGGAGGACGAAGUGAUUCGAGAGUCGGGCAUCCUCGACGAGACAUCCAAUCAGGGUGGCGAUCAGUCAACACCCGCGUCACAGGCAAUCCUGAGACGGCUGCUUGACGAGACAGCCGACCUUAUCGAAUCACCCAGUUUCACGCACGUCCUCACUCUUCUCCUCGAUGCGGGCUUCUCCUAUCUCAUUGAUAAUAAGCUCGCCACGGCCGCGUUUGAACUCCCGGCCUCAGAUGGUAUCGUCACUCCCGAACUCAAGGACCAGCAGCGGUCAAAGGUAAUUCUACUGCCAAAGAUCCUGUCGGUGUUAACACGUCAGGCACAUGUCAUUGGCGACGGAAUGCCCAACGAAUACCUCCAGAAGAUGGAGACUGUCCGUGAUCUGGAGGCUUUUGCUGCCGUCGUGUAUUCAAGUAAUUGGGAGCAGGAAAUUCGCACAGAUGAUGACCUGAUGGCUAGUGCUGUUGAUCUUGGCGCUUCGCAGACAGCUGGUGGCACCAAGGCAUCGCAACCACAGACUCAAUCUCAGACACAGACACAGACACAAGUCCAAUAUGCACAAGGCGAAUCAAGCCUGGUUGUGGUAGACCCUCAGGGGGGCUUCGAGAGCGCAUGGGGACGAGCAGUGGAGGACAAGCCGUGA